UAUUCAUAUGCGUUUGUAUUUUGGGACGUGAAACAGAAAGCUUGAACAAUUAACAAAAAGUACAAUUAUAUGAACAUGAAGUUAAUGAUUGAACAAGGGCAGGUCUGGUUAUAUAAUAGAAUUGUGCAAAUGAAGCGUUCAGUCCAGAUCUAUCCUCAUCCAUCCUGGAUUAUUUGCACAAAAAUGUGGCUUUUUCUUGGGAUGACCUUUUCUCUGGGGAUUCUAAUUCCUGGAAAACUCAGCUUGAAUCUGCAAUAUGAUGGAGAUCAGGUUUUGCAUAUUGUGCCAGAAACAUUUCAGCAAGUCCAGCAUCUUCAGCAUCUUUGCAGCACUUUAAUGCUGGAUUUGUGGAAGCCCCAGCUGCCUGAAGACAUCCAGGCUGGAGAAGACCUACACAUAAGGGUCCCAGCUCCUCUGGUGCAGGAGGUGAAAGACAGCUUAGAUCAACAUAUGAUCUCUUACAAAGUCCUGAUACAUGAUGUGCAGAGCUUGUGGAUGAGAGCAUGCCAAAGCAGAGAAGCCCAGCAGAUCCCUGAAGGUUACAACUAUACUGAGUAUCAUCCGAUGGAAGAGGUAAGAUCAACCUGAGUUUAUUAUAAAUGGAUGACUCAGAUCCAGGAGAGCAACAGUGAGCUGGUGACUCAGCACCACCUGGGGAAGACAAUUGAGAAUCGAACAAUAUAUUAUCUGCAGAUCAGUCAACCAUCAAAUAAACCCAAAAAGAAUUGGAUGGACUGUGGGAUUCAUGCCAGAGAAUGGAUCUCUCCAGCCUUCUGCCAGUGGUUUGUGAAAGAAAUUCUGCAAAAUUACAAAUCUGAUGCAACGAUAAGAAGGUUUCUUCAGAAUUUGGAUCUCUACAUCUUGCCUGUCCUCAAUGUUGAUGGUUAUAUCUAUUCCUGGGAAGCAGAUCGUCUCUGGAGGAAAAACCGUUCUCCAUAUAUGAAUGGCACCUGCUACGGGACAGAUCUGAACCGAAACUUUAAUUCCUCCUGGGGCAGUGUUGGUGUUUCUUAUAACUGCACCAGUGAAAUCUUCUGUGGAUCUGGACCAGAAUCAGAGCCUGAGACAAGAGCUGUGGCCCAGUUUAUUGAAAAGAAGAAGACCGACAUUUUGUGCUAUUUAACGAUACACUCCUACGGGCAGUACAUCCUCACUCCAUAUGGUUCCACAACCACACCUCCAAGUAACAACGAAGAACUGAUGCACGUUGCACAGAAAGCAGCUGCUGCCCUGAUGGGAAAGCAUGGGACCAGUUAUAAAGUAGGAUCAACCUCUUCAAUUUUAUACAGUAACUCAGGCUCUUCACGGGACUGGGCUCACAUGAUUGGCAUUCCUUUCUCCUAUACAUUUGAACUGCGAGACAAUGGUACUCAUGGAUUUACUCUACCUUCUGACCAGAUCCAGCCCACAUGUGAGGAGACUAUGUUGGCUGUGACAACCAUUAUAGACUAUGUUGAUCAGAAGUACUUCCCAGGUGGGGCUGUGAUGCUGACCUCAGGCAGCCUGAGCCUGAGCCUUUGCCUGAGUGUUGUAUUUACAUGGAUUGCUUCUUAAAAACACCACAGAGAGCCCACCAAGAGACACCAGACAAGGCAUAAUGUCCCUUUGAAAUGACAAAAGCGUAUUAGCAGAGGAAC